AAUUCUUCUGGCCCUGAAGUUCAUGAAUUAUCUGAUAACAUUCAUAAAACCAAUAAUUCAAGCCUUAAUAAACUUAUUAGUAUACUUAAUAAUAUGCAUUAUCUUUCUAAUUCAAUAAAAGUUGAUAAAUUACUUACAAUAAGUGAGGAGAGUCUUGUUUGUAAGGUUCCUCUAGAUAACCAGAUUAUUAAAAAGUUUGCUUAUACAUUCAGAAAAGAUAAGAGUGUUGGAAUUAUAGAUGAUGAAGAUAUUGAGAUCAUGGAUAAUAAAAAUAAUAAUAGUAUUGAAAUUGCAAUUGUUAGUAGUAGUUCUGCAUUAAGUAAUCUAAAAAGUGUUUGA